AUGCCCAUCCGAAACCCCUUUGCCCGCAGGUCCGGCACUGUCGUCGCUGUCCACGACGAAAAUGCCCCUCCCGAACGCAACCUCGGCUUUGAGCGCGUUGACACGGUCGGCUCCAAGGCGUCGUCGGUGCUCAGCAUCCGCAGCGCCAAAAGCCAAGACACGGGCGAGUACAAGAUGAGCGUCGUCAAUGACAGCGGCGUCUAUCUCCCGCCGUCGCCCAUCGAGGAGAGGGCCCCUUGGCCGCGCAAGUACCUGUCGUCGAGGGCCUCGUCGUCGGACACCGGGAGUAGCUUUGGCGACAUUGAGCACUUUUCCAUUUCCCGAGAAUCCUUUGACUCGUACAGACGAUCAUUUGAUAUUACUGCACGAUCUCCCGUCAUCAGCCACGACUUGCAUACACGCCAAAGUCUCGACUCAGCCCGCCUCCAACGUACCCCUAGAUGGGCUGCAGAUCACAGGAUAGGUCGCCAGCCACCGACUCCCGAGGAGAGCUUCGAGGACAUUGGCCUGGACGACAACAAGCAGCAACAGCCCCGCAAGCGCGGCUUUUUCUCCAAGUUCGGCGAGCCGGCAGACCGGGACGCGACGGGCCAGCCGGGCGUCUCGCGCUUCCUCGUGCACGGGCGCAAGAGGGGGCAGAGCGGCCAAGGCUCAGAGCUCGGCCAGAUUGAGCGCCCAAAGGCGUCGGACGAGGCGCGCCCGUAG